AUGGUUCGCAAGAACGAGCCAUCAGCAAUCCAGACGCAAACGGCUCUAGCUUUCAAAGAACUAACCCUCGCGGCUUCUACGACUCACCGAAUCAAGAUGGAUAAAGCCCUGGACCACGUCUGCAAACUCACCGGGAUAGGACCCGCCACCGGCACAUUGAUCCUCAGCGUAUGCGAUCCGGACGGUAUCCCGUUCUUCCAGGACGAGAUGUUUGCGUGGUUCUUCCCUGACGCGGGGAAACUCAAGUACAGCGCGAAGGAGUACCAGUUGUUGUUUGAGGCGGUGACGCCCGUGCUGACGAGGUUGGAUUGUAAGGCGGUCGAGAUGGAGAAGGUUGCCUACGUGCUUGGACAUAUGGACUUGCUUGGUGCUGAGGAGAGGGAGGGGCUGGAGGAGUCGUUCGAGGGAAGGGCUGAGGCGGAUCCCGAUUCAACGACAGACGCCGAACCCAAGGAAGCUAGCAGUGGCGACGUACGGGAGCGAGAUGAGGAUGCGGCACGCACUCGGCAGGAGCAGACCGUGGCAAACCAGACCGGGAAACGGACGGCAGAAGUCAAGGACGAUCAGAUUGCGGCCGAGGCAGCUCCAACGCCGGGACCGGCGUCGGCACGAAGAGGGAAAAAACGGAGCUCGAAGGACGAAGACGACACGAACACCGAAACUCACACGGCCAAGAGACGAUCACAGCGCAACAGAUGA